AUGGCCGACAAACGCCACGCAGCUACGAGAGAAUUCAAUGUUACCGGAGGCUUAUGUGGAUGUACCGCUCGCCGCUCCAAGAAAUUGCUCUCGGAUGCUGGCAGCAAUGUGCUCAUCUAUUUGACUGGUCACGGUGGCGAUGGUUUUCUGAAAUUUCAAGAUUCCGAGGAGAUAACCAGUCAGGAAUUGGCCGAUGGCAUACAACAAAUGUGGGAAAAGAAGCGAUAUAAUGAGCUCUUCUUUAUGGUGGACACUUGCCAGGCGGCGUCGCUCUAUGAGAAGUUCACAUCACCCAAUGUGCUGGCGGUGGCCAGUAGUCUGGUUGGCGAGGACUCACUAUCCCAUCACGUGGAUCCUUCGAUUGGAGUAUAUAUGAUCGAUCGCUACACUUACUACGCACUCGAGUUUCUGGAGAAAGUUCAGCCGUUUAGCAAACGCACAAUUGGCGAAUUUUUGCAAGUGUGCCCCAAGCGUGUGUGCAUAUCAACGGUGGGCGUCCGAAAGGAUCUGUAUCGUCGCGAUCCGCACAAGGUGCCCAUAACGGACUUCUUUGGAGCCAUUCGACCUACACGUGUAUCCACGGAUCGCAUCAAUGUUACGCUGGCCAACGAGGAGGACUUCAUUAACGAUGUCGCCAGUGUCGGACCAAAGAAACAGUUUAAGAUCAUUAUGGAAUCACAGUUUACAGCUGAAAUUCUAAAAUGAAUUAAUUGAAUGAGUAUUGUAUUCCAAUUACCAUGUAGAUUAAGCUGAGGAACCGAAAAAUUAAAAAGAAAUUAAAUCAAAUGUUGUACACAUUUUA